CGAGAUCACUAUAAAAUCAUGCUCUUUGAAGCUUUCUUGCAUUCUCACAGAUUUCAAGACAUAUUCAAUAACAAAGGACAAGAAAAGCCAACAGAACAAAAUGAAGUUGCUACUGCUUGUGAUUUGCAGUAUGAUUUCCACAACACUAGCUGGUCUGAUUGACAAAGAGGCUAAACUGGAAACUGUGCUCAAUGAAGUUGAGGAGAUAUUGGAAGACAUGAAAGCUGCUGGUGUGCCUGAACCACUAGGAGACAUUCAAAAACUUGAGUCGAUGAUGAAUGAAGUAAUGAUAGAGGGAGAUGUUUCACCAAAACCACUCCACAAACAAGACUCACAAGGGAGUCCUGCCAUGGAGGAGAUGUUACUUCACACUGAAAACAUUGACGAGGCAACUGCCGAAGUGGAAGCUGCGGUGGCCACAUUCUACUCCAACUUGGUCACAACCUCUUGGUUGCAAAAGUUCUCUCUCAUGCAGCCAAUCAGAAUAGCUUCAGUCAAGCUUCAGUCCAUAUUCCGAGCUCAGCAUCAGCGGAAACUUUGAGCCAUGCUAGUGCCUACUGGAUGGCACGAGAAGAUGAGCUGAAACCACAACCAACGGUUCAAAAGUGGACAGAAAGGACGGCUCCAAUGGUCUUUGAACGAGAAGCUUCAGACGAAGGUUUUCGGGGAGCUUCACCCUACCGCCCAACCAUGACUGGGAAGAUUGCUGUUGGUAUUAUGAUUGUUUCCGGCCCUGGUAGCUUAGCAAUAAGCAGUAAUGAUAAAGUCAAGAUUAAAAGUGAAUGCCAAGCAGGGCUUAAAUUCUGGUCAAAAGAGGCUAAGAAAGAGGGGGUUAGUUUGUCGUUUGCGUUGUAUUAUGAGAUGAUAACAAUCAAUGCUUCCAACCCAACCUCUUGCUCGAGCUUUAGAGCUUGCGAAAAUGUGUUUACUGAUCCUAUACUCCAAGCUCUAGGUUUUUCAACUGGUUGGGCUGGAAGGAACCAAUUAGCACAACAUAUCAAAGGUGCUGCUGAUGGUGCUUUCGUUACUUUCUUCUCUAAGUACAGGCAAAGCCAUGUCGCGUAUGCCUAUUAUAGUGGUGGACCUGUAUACAUACAGUACGAUUUGAGUGUUUACCCUACGUUUAACAGGGUUUUCGCUCAUGAAACUGGACAUAUUUUUAACGCUCGUGACGAAUAUUACGGAACUUGUAACUGCAACAAACUGUAUGGCAAGGGAAGCUGCACAGCUAAAAAUUCCAACUGCUAUUCCUGCACUUCUUCUCAAACUGACUGCAUUAUGCUACACGCUGAUCCCAAUGAGGGCAACCUUUGCAAGUACACCAAAAAGCACGUGGGUUGGUGUUAAGAGACUUACAAAGAAUAUACUGAUGGACUGCACUCGUUACGGACUUGACCUUAUCCUAUAAAUUAAUUAUAGUGUAUAGUUUAGCUAUACAAUUAUAAAUACAGCUAUAUAGUACACUAGAUCGAAUUGUUUAAUGUGAUUAGUUUUGUAGCGAUAUCAAGGACAUAUAAUUAUACGAACAUAAUUAUAGGCA